AUGGCCGCACACCUCUUGGCGGUUUGUCAAGCUCUUGACCUUCGCGCAUUGAACCAAAGCUUUCUGGAUGGCUAUAAAUCACAUUUUCGCACUUUAGUACACGAAAAAUACGUGUUGAAGGCGGGCUUAAUCGAAUCCUCUGUUGAAAAUUUAUUCUCAAGCUUUUGGGUAGAAUUGCAGCGUAUGAUGGAUGCAACAGUGAGCAUGAAUGCCGAAGAUAGAUUUCCAUUCAUGGCGAAAUCGAUGCGCAACCUCUUCUUGGAUCAUCCUAGCUUUGAUAAAAAGUCCCAGACACUCGAGAACUUGGAGACCUUCAUAGAUACCUUGGCUAGCUCAUUAUCCGAAACUUGGUGCCAUAAUCGGGAUGCUUACCUUGUCCACGGGGAUGCAACCCCCUUGCUUCGAUAUGCGUCGAGAUCCAUAUAUGGGUUUGUUAGAAAAUCUUUGAAUGUACCAUUCCUUUCCUCGUCGCACUUGAGAACGCCCAAGCCGGACGCCGAUGGGAUGCUUUCCAGGCAUGCCCCCACCGUAGGAUCCUACACAGGUACUGUUUAUCGAGCAUUGAAAGAUGGGACGCUUGCAAAAGUUGCCAUGGACAUAUUGGAGUAUACACAUGAUCAAGCAAUACGAAGAGUAUAG